ACCAAGAAAGGUCGGCCGGGUGUAGUCUUUUUGAGGAAAGAAGAAUUCCUCCCCAAGCAAAGCAGAAGGCAAAUACAAAACCAGGAAGGAGCCUUUGCAGUCCCAGCUCUGUCCCCCUAGUUCUCCUCUUCGUAACCAUCUGUGGAUUUCGCCAUGGCUUCAAAGCAGCAAGCGAACUGGUCUCCUUACGACAACAAUGGAGGAACGUGUGUUGCAAUUGCAGGGUCCGAUUACUGUGUAAUAGCUGCCGACACUCGAAUGUCUAGCGGCUACAAUAUCCUGACUCGAGAUUACUCCAAAAUCUGCAGACUAGCAGACAAAUGUCUGAUGGCCUCUUCUGGGUUUCAGGCUGAUGUAAGAGCUCUACAGAAGGUUUUGACAGCUAGGCAUUUGAUUUAUCAGCAUCAACACAACAAGCAGAUGAGCUGUCCUGCAAUGGGUCAACUUCUCUCGAACACUCUAUACUACAAGCGCUUCUUCCCUUAUUAUUCCUUCAAUGUCUUGGGUGGUCUCGACGAAAAUGGAAAGGGUUGCGUGUUCACAUAUGAUGCUGUUGGAUCCUAUGAGAGGGUUGGAUACAGCACCCAAGGUUCUGGUUCAACACUCAUCAUGCCUGUUUUGGACAAUAAGCUGAAGGCUCCUAGUCCUCUCAUAUUACCUGCCAAGGACGCUGUGACUCCACUACUGGAGUCAGAAGCAGUUGACUUGGUGAAAGAUGUUUUUGCGUCUGCGGUUGAAAGGGAUAUAUAUACUGGUGACAGGUUAGAAAUAGUAGUCGUUAAACCAGACGGUAUUCGACGUGAAUUUAUGGAACUCAGGAAGGACUGAGCACUUUCCUGCUCUGCCUCUAGAGUAAAACUGUGAAAGUCUGAAAUUAUGCCAGUAAGGUGAUACUGUGGUGGGUCUCCUGGUGCUCCCAUGGCUAAUCAAUUUGUUAUUUGUGGCUUGUAGGAUUAAUGCCCUUUAAAUAUGCCAAUUUCCUCCAUUUUAAAAUGGUGCUGCCAUGGGGAAAUAUGUUUCAACAUGAAUAUCUAUACUGAAACUUGGAGAAUAUUUGGAUUUUGAUUUUUGCCAUCUUUCUUUAGAGCUGUAUACAUUUAGAUUUGGGUUUAUAUUAAAAACGUGGGCAGAUUUUAAUUCA